AUGAUGGAUGUUAUGAGUGUAAAUUUUCAUGUAUAGAAUAAUGUGGUUAAUGUGAAAAUGGAAUUUGUAAAGCUUGCAUUAAGCCAGGAUGGGUCCUUAAUCAAUAUAACAUUUGCACUACAUAAUGUGGAGACGGCAUUGUUUUUGAUCCCUAUGAAUAAUGUGAUGAUGGUAAUGAUAUCCCAUAUGAUGGUUGUUAUUGGUGUGAAUUUUAAUGUUCAGAAGGUUUGUAUUGAAUGUUAGCAAUAAUAAUGCAAGAAAUGUGAUUAUUUAUAUAAAUUGAAUAUUCAAACAGCUUAAUGUUUAAAGGAAAACUAUUAUGAUAUUUAUGAUGAUACUUAAGAUGUUGAGAAGUCAAAUUUAUAAUUGAUUUUUUAUACAAAUUUUAGAUGUGGAGAAAAUUAUAAUUUAAUUGAAAAUUUAUGUAUAAGUUAAUGUGGAAAUGGAAUAUUAAUCAAUCAAUAUGAAGAAUGCGAUGAUGGUAAUAAUUAUGGAGGAGAUGGAUGCUCUGCUUAUUGUCAUAUUGAAGAUACAUAUACAUGUAUAAAUUAGGAAGGUUCGUUAAGUUUAUGUACAUAUAUUAUAGCUCCUAAAUUAAAUUUAAAUAUUUUAUCUGAUAAUGCUAAAUAAAUAAAAAUUGUAGAGUUAACUUUUACUUAAUAGGUUAAAUUAGAGGAAUCUUUAAAUUUUAAAGAAAUCAUAGUAUUUUCUAUCUUUCCUUAAACUCGAUAUCAAUUAACAAUUAGUUGUAUUUCAAAUUUAACAAUUACCCUAAGCGAUCCAAAAUAUGAAAUAUAAAUUGAAUUUAUUGAACAAAUAUAAAAUCCUAUUUUACAAGUCGACAUAUAGAAAAAUACUAUAUUCAAUACUUAUGAUUUAGGCUUAUUGGAAAAUAAAAAGACUAUUAAUCUUGGAACUCUAUUUGUCCUCUCAUAAACAACUAAAUAAUAAUUAAUAAAUAUAGUUUAAUUAAAUGAUGUAAUGAUGUAUUCAAUGGUUGGAGUAUCAAGUUUGGCUUUUUUAACUGGAAAUGCAAUUAUGUUUUUAAUUUAUUAGAUUUACUAUAAUAAUUAUCUUAUGUGA